UGGUAGAUUCGACGACAGUGUGAACCACUUUUUGGUGACGAAAUUGUGCACGCUCAAUCUCCCAUUUGUACCCUCUCUCUCUCCCCUCUCUUACACUCACAAAUUAGUUACACACCAGGUGAGUUCACUGCAUUUUCUCUCUCCAUCUCACUAACUCAGUUGUUCAAUCUCAUUGUCAAGUCUGUUCGUCGGGAGGCCGACAGGGGGCAGCGUCGCAGCGAGCAGGCGGCAGGGGCAGCGUCGCAUCGAGCAGGCAGCAGGGGGCUUUUGCAUUCAUUUCAGUUUGAGGAAUUCACCUGCUUGAGUUGGGAUUAUGAAGGCACUAUAGAGAUCUAAAGUCCCCGGACUUUGGGGUUGAUUUGAUCUUUCAUUUUCACUUAGGAGUACAUGAUGGCCGCAACAGCAACGACAAACAUGACCUCAGCAUCAAUUGCCUCCUGCAAUGUGAAGGUAGGCGUGGUCUCCAAAAUGAAGCUAUCUGGUCUUCAGAUGAAUUCUACCCAUGAUUUUAGGAAUUUCAGUGGUCUUAAAGCAGCAGCAUCUGUAAGCUGUGAAUCAGAGUCAUCGUUCCUUGGAAAAGAUAGUGUUAUUGCCCUGCGAAAUUCUUACGAAAGAAGAGCUGUGAAACAAAACAUCCAGUCUGUUGCCAGUCUGCAACCUAAGGUUGAAGCAUCCUUUAAAGUGGCUGUUCUUGGAGCAGCUGGAGGGAUUGGUCAGCCCUUGGCACUCCUAGUCAAGAUGUCCCCACUAGUCUCUAACCUCCACCUUUAUGAUAUAGCAAAUGUCAAGGGCGUUGCUGCUGACCUCAGUCACUGUAACACACCCUCUGAGGUUUUACCCUUCACUGGCCCCGAGCAGUUAGGAGAUGCCUUGAAAGGUGUAGAUGUAGUUGUCAUCCCAGCUGGAGUUCCUAGAAAACCAGGAAUGACUCGAGAUGACCUCUUCAAUAUCAAUGCUGGCAUAGUGAAGACGUUGGUUGAAGCUGUUGCUGAGAACUGUCCGGAUGCCUUUAUUCACAUAAUCAGCAACCCGGUGAAUUCAACUGUGCCAAUUGCUGCAGAGGUGCUGAAACAAAGAGGUGUUUAUAAUCCUAAGAAGCUUUUUGGUGUCACUACUCUGGAUGUUGUUAGAGCAAACACAUUUGUUGCUCAGAAGAAAAAUGUGAAACUCAUUGAUGUAGAUGUCCCAGUGAUUGGUGGACAUGCUGGUAUAACCAUUUUGCCACUGUUAUCUAAGACAAGACCAUCUGUGAGCUUCACCAAUGAAGAGAUAGAACAACUAACUGUAAGAAUUCAGAAUGCUGGGACAGAGGUUGUUGAAGCAAAAGCUGGGGCCGGCUCCGCAACACUGUCCAUGGCAUAUGCUGCUGCUAGAUUCGUCGAGUCUUCUCUACGUGCUCUUGACGGAGACUCAGAUGUCUACGAGUGCUCGUUUGUGCAGUCAGAGUUAACUGAGCUUCCUUUCUUUGCAUCAAGAAUUAAGCUGGGGAAGAAUGGAAUUGAAGCUUUCCUCAAUUCGGAUCUGCAAGGGUUGACUGACUACGAGUCCAAGGCUCUUGAAGCUCUUAAGCCUGAGCUAAAAGCCAGCAUUGAGAAGGGUAUUGCUUUCGCUAACAAACAACCAGUUAAUGCUUGAGCAUUUCUUUAGUUGUGGAGUUUGGUAUGAAAGUGCUUAGAAAUGAAUUGAUGUUAGAUUUGGUCGACACUCUCAUUUUUGUAGUUUGAUAGAGUUAAUUCCCAUAUCUGAAAAAGUGUGAGGCUCAAAUGCUGUUAUAGAGGCUGUGGUGGAGCAACUUGUGAUUUCUGCUGCGGGAAAAGGCUUUUUUUUUGUGGUUUUUGUUGAGUUCAGCCUCAUCUCUUCCCUGUGUCGAUGCUCUUUAUCAUUUUGUUAUGUCUGAUGUCUGUAAUCUAGCUAGAGCUGUGCUCCCUCGAGCUAUGCCUGAAAAUAAGCUUGAGUAGGGCUGAUGAUUUAUGAAUACUUUGUUGAGAAUUGGGAUCAGUUCAAGUUUACAAUUUUAGAGGGGAUUUUAGUGCUUCUAAGCUUCA